AGUCAUGCAUUUGAUUGACUGAUUGAUUGAAUCAAACGGUUGUUUUGUUGUUAUUAUAUUAUUGAAUGCAUUGAUUGCUUAGUUAUAUUAGUAGUAGUAAUAGUAGUCAUCACUGAUUGUUGUUGUUGUUUGACAUCUAUUUCAGUGACAGUUCAGCGGUGAUAAUCACAUCUCAUCGAUUAGACAGUCAUUUUUCAUCCAAAGACAUCCAUCCAUUCAUCAACAAACAAAAAUCAUUUGGUGUCCACUCAUAUCAUAUCUAAAUCACCGAAAACAUCACAUUGUUUUGCGGAGAAAACAAUGGCUGAAUCGCCGGAUCAGUUAUGGGUUAGUUCGUCGGUUACGUCCUCGUCAUCGACAGUGGAUAUGUCACCGCAAGGCGACAACGAUUCACUGAACAACUGUAUGGUCGUACCGAUGGACAGCAGCACACGGGCCGGCUUUGUUACGCCAUCGCCGCCGCCACCAUUGCCGCCGCAAUCACCGGCCGCGGCCGGAUCGACAACAUCGUUGACAUCGUCGUCAUCGUUGUUGACACCAAUGGAAAAGCUCGAACAGGAGAACCGGUCGCUCAGAUCGGAAGUGGAAACACUGAAGAUGCGAAUCAAUUCGCUGGUCGAAGAAAACAAAGCCCUCCGGAGGGCCAGCGUUUCCAUACAAGUAAAGGCCGAACAGGAAGAAGAGUUUAUAAGCAAUACACUGUUGAAGAGGAUUCAAGUACUGAAAAAAGAGAAAGAAAAACUAACACUUCAUUAUGAACACGAAGAAAAAUGUUUGACAAACGAUUUGUCGAGUAAAGUGAACCAAUUGAGAGCUGAAAAGGUGCAAUUGGAGCGCACCCUCGAACAGGAACAGGAGGCGCUGGUCAACAAACUGAUGCGAAGAAUCGAAAAACUGGAGAAUGAAUUGCAUGUGAUUCCAGAGCCCCGAAACAAUCAAUAAAAUAACUAAUGUAUUAUUAUUAUA